GUUCUCGUAAUCGCUUUUGUUUCCGCAGCUUGAUUGUGGUUUUUGAGGUAUUUGCUUAAACUGUGUCUGCGCGUUUAAGGUCAUUAUAAAACCGCAACGAGGGUGUGAUGGAGAACAGAAGAGCAAGACUUUACGGAAAGACGUUUUCAACUAUAUCAGAAAAAAUAUUUCCUGGUUUGUCUACAUGUUCCGCCCAAACAUUAAACAGCCCGGAGGGAGUAGGAACAGAAGCACUUUCCAGCCUUCCUCUACAGAUGGCGUUGUACUUCAGUGUGAUCUUCUUCCCAGUUUGGCUUUCUUCUAUGACAGUUAUGUUUCAUUUCAAGUAUGGGUGCCUUACUGUUUUAUAUCGGUUCCUCGUUUCUACCGUUCUUCUGACAGCGGCGGUGAAUGAAUGUCUUAGACUCUACCUUGGGUACAUUGGUAACCUAUCAGACAAGGUACCUGAACUGGCUGGAUUCUGGUUGCUGUCACUGGUUCCACAGCUUCCUCUCCAGCUGUUUUUGUUGCUUAAUCAGAACAUUAUGCUACAACCACUGGAGCAAAUAGUCCAGUCAUUUUCUGUACUUUUAUUAAUUAUUCAGUUACUGACUGGCUUUUUUGCACUACGCCACUCUUCAAAGAUCCAUGCUGAGCAGUCUCGUUUGCGUGUACUACUUUCUACACAGCGGAAGGAUGAUUAAUAAGGUAUUACUCUUACUCAACAUUACGGAAGGACUCAUUAUUUCACAUAUGUAUUCACAGGGCUGCCCCAAGUUCUGGAUAUCAUGGAAUUUCAAAAGUGUCAGGGAAAUUUGAAAAAAAACAAACUUGAAAAAUCUCGUUUUUCUCUCAGUAGAGGAAAUGGUUUGUUCACUGAUUUGUCAUGCAUCAUCGCUGGCUGGGCACAGUUAAGUACGUGGGCCGCUUCCCGAGUCCUUCAUUAUUCCUGCUUCUCCCCUUUCUGCCACUCCCCUCAGCUUGCAGUCAGUGCUGCUGAUGAGAGGCAGGGAGAUGUGAGGAGUGGUUUGUUUGGAGCUGAUUCUCAGAGACUGUUGACACAGCAGCUGGAGACAGCAGUCAUGUGUGCAUUAGUUGUGUAUGAAUGAUUAUGUGAAUGUGUGUGUGUGCUCUUGUUUUGUGACGAAGGCUAUGGCCAAAAAUUUAAUUAUGAGAGUGUGAUUGUCUUCUAUAUGUGCCUGUCAGUGGCUGAGUGAUCAUAUGAAAAAUUCAGUGGAGGGAAGUCCCAAGACACCUACAAUAUCGUCACAGGUGAUGAAACAUGGGUCUAACAUUAUGACCCUGAAACGAAGAGGCAGUCUUCUGUGUGGUGCUUUCCAGGGGGAGGAGCCACCCACAAAAGUUCAAUGAAGUCGGAGCUCU